AUUCUGUCCUCACUGUGGACCCCAGCAACGCUGGCAGGCGGCGCCCCCAGCGGAGGAGGAGGUGGCGGCCAGAACAGCACCACCACCACCCCGAGCACCACCCCAGACAUACCGUCGUCCAAGGCGAAGUUCAAAAUCACCGUCGUAAGCACGCCCAGCCCCUCGCCACCCCCGACGCCCCCGCCCUCGAACUCCCUGCUGGCCCAAAUGGUCGAGACCAGCUCACCGCCGGCGGGCUUCACGCUCAAGAGGUGCCCCAGUGAUCUCGGGGAGCAGCAGCAGCCGCCUAGACAGAUGUCCCGAUCUCCCGGCAACUCGGCCGCCUACCAUCUGACCACUGCCAUGCUCCUCAACUCGCAGCAGUGCGGCUACUUGGGACAGCGCCUGCAGUCGGUCCUCCAGCAGCAGCAGCAGCACGCCCACCAGCAAUCCCAGUCACAAACGCCCUCCUCCGACGACGGCAGUCAGUCGGGAGCCACAAUCCUCGAGGAGGAGCGGAGAGGAGGAGCUGCGUCGGCAGCCGCGGCAUCUCUAUUCACCAUUGACAGCAUUCUGGGAUCGAGACAGGCCGGCUCUUCCGCAGGACGGAGCAGCCACAACUGCAGCAGUGGCAAUAGCCACCAGAAUGGACUGCCCCCGAACGGCAUCAGCUUGGGCCUGAAACGGAACGGAGCCGACUCACCCGCCUCGCCCAAUUCCAACUCCAGCUCCAGUGCCGCCGCCAGUCCGAUCCGACCGCAGAGGGUUCCUGCCAUGCUGCAGCAUCCCGGCUUGCACCUGGGUCACUUGGCGGCGGCGGCGGCGAGUGGAUUUGCCGCGUCCCCUUCGGACUUUCUGGUCGCGUAUCCCAACUUUUAUCCCAACUACAUGCACGCGGCAGCGGUGGCCCACGUGGCGGCCGCUCAGAUGCAGGCGCAUGUGAGUGGAGCAGCCGCGGGACUCGCGGGUCACGGACACCACCCUCACCACCCCCACGCACACCCACACCACCCCCACCUGGGAGGCCACCACCACGGACCCGGGCAGCACCACCUGGGACACCUCGGCCACGGGCCGCCGCCCAAGAGAAAGCGUCGCCACCGCACGAUCUUCACGGAGGAGCAGCUCGAGCAGCUGGAGGCCACCUUCGACAAGACCCACUACCCGGACGUGGUGCUCAGGGAGCAACUGGCCCUGAAGGUCGACCUCAAGGAGGAGCGGGUUGAGGUGUGGUUCAAGAACCGACGGGCCAAGUGGCGCAAACAGAAGCGGGAGGAGCAGGAGCGCCUGCGAAAGCUGCAGGAGGAGCAGUGUGGCAGCACCACCAACGGGAGCGGCAACAACAACAGCACCUCUGGAACCGGCGCAGGGAGCAGUGCUUCCGCCGUGAAGUGCCCCGGAUCCGAUCACUACAGUCCCCAGCUAGUGCACAUAAAAAGCGAUCCAAACGGGUACAGCGACGCCGACGAGUCCUCCGAUCUGGAGGUGGCCUAAUCGGACUACAGACCCCAGGUGUACAUAGAUUCGAUCCCAAGCUGUAAAAACACUAGACCCCAUAGAUGUAUUGUUUCACCAAAUGGACUUACUUGAGCCUAAAUUAUUCCCUAUUUGUUAGCGGGCUAUGACACUUCCAGAAUCUUCCGGGGGCGCCAAACCCAGAGCCCUACUUUCGAGUUUUAAGCAAAGUUCGCCCGAAGCAGUUUCGUUUGUUUGUAAAUAAAAAGAAGGCUAAAUCCCGUUUAUAGGCAUUUUCUGUUAUUAAGUUUUAAGCGACCCCCAGCCUCCGGGCUGGAGAAUUAGAAUCAUGAGUAAGAGUAAUAUUAGCCAAGUAUAUUACAUUAUAUAUUUAGUGAAAUCUGUACAGUCACCAUUUGUAUUAAACGUGUGUCGUCUUGUUUUGUUCCCAAUUGGUAAUUGCCAGUAACUUCAAUACUUGAACCAUUCAUAACAAAUACAUGCUAUAAACAUUACUUAGACGAAGAUAAGUGUCAUUUCCAAGGAUAAUUCUAAUGUUAAACUAACUUAUUGCAAACAAAAUAAAAGCAAAAUC